UAUAAUAAGUCUUCUCCACAGCAAAAGUCCAACUUCAAGCGUUCCAAUUCCUUUCUGCAACCCAAAAUGGAAUCUGAAGGCGUUUCACACCCAAAAAGGGGCAAACCCACAAAUCCUGUUUAUUUUCCAUCCAUUUUAAGCAAAGAUUCAGUCUUGUCAAUGCCAAACCUUCCUGCAGAACUCAUCACUGAAAUCUUGUUAAACCUUCCUGUGAAAUCCCUCUUGAAAUUCAGGUCUGUUUCUAAAUCUUGGCUUGAAUUAAUCUCUAGCAAUGAAUUUGUGAAGACCCAUCUCUUAUUAUCAGCUAGCAACAAGAACUACACCCACCAUGGACUUAUGUUUAAGGUUGCUAGUACAUCUGUCCAAGGUGUCAAGGACUGUUCUCUCAGCUGUUUACUUUACGAUUCUAUAGCUGAGGCAUAUGACUUGGAUUAUCCAGUGGCUCAACAGCAAGUUCAGGAGCACAAGUCCAACAGUUAUCCCCUAUAAGUAUGACUAGAAAGCAAUUCAACAACAGUCAGACAAGAGAACUUAGAAGACGGGUUGAGUAUGCAUCGCUGAUUAAUGAAGUGUUUUAUCUCUUUCCAGAGCAUAAAACAGAGAUAACUGGGGUAUGUAUGGGACUGCCAAAAAGGAAAAACAUAGAAACAUUGCUGGUUUUAUGUAAAGACAGACACUUGGUU